AUGAAAAAUAGAGAAAGAAAUGCCAAAGAGAUAAACCUUCCAACAAAGAAAGACCAGGUUGAAGAAGAAGUUGAAGAAAUCGGCAAUGAAGAAUCUGCUAUGAGCGACUCAGAACAGCUUAUACCGACGGAACUGCAGAUGGUGUUUGACGACGAUGGCAACGAAGCCGACAGCACGCCUCCUGUUCCACCAAAAGCUACGAAAAAGAAUAAAAAGGAACUCACGGAGGAGGAAAAGAAACAAAAGGAAGAAAAGCUCAAACAACUCAGAGCAAAACUUGCAUCCAAGAUCGAGACUUCUCGAGCCCAGCGGAAAGCUCCAGGUUCACAAGCCCCAGGAGCGCCCAAGUCGAGAGAACAAAUUCUCGAAGAACGCAAAAGAAAGCAGGAACUUCGCAAACGAAAGAGAGAAGCUGAACCCGAACCGGAAUCGGAAUCCGACUCAGAUUCGGAUUCUGGUUCUGAAAGUGACCCAGAAGCAGACACUGAAUCACCACAAGACGACUCCAAUGUUCUUUUUGGGAAUAUUGUCUUCAAUGAUGGCCUGAGAGUGACUUCUGACUUGACCAGAUUGAGACUGACUUCCCAGAAAAAGAGCGGUAAAGGACCUGCAAAUAAAGAUAUAAAAGCCCAUCUUGAUAAACUAGAGCACAAAAAGCAGAAACUAGCACAAAUGUCUCCCGAAGAGCAGGCAAAGUAUAAGGAAAAAGAACAAUGGCAGCGGAUGAUGUCGCAUGCCGAGGGUGUCAAGGUGAAAGAUGAUGAAAAAUUGUUGAAAAAAGCAUUGAAACGUAAAGAAAAGCAAAAACUCAAAAGCGAAAUCGAGUGGAAAGAACGCAAGCAGGUGGUUAAGGAUACCAUUGCCGCCAAGCAGAAAAGAAGAGAAGAAAACUUGAAGGCUAGACGAGAAAAUAAGGGAAAAAAGGCAAAGAAAGCAGUCAAGUUGAAAAAAUUCACGGGAACCGUACACAAGAAUAAACGGGCUGGGUUUGAAGGCACCGCCAAGUCGAAAAGGUCCAAGAAAUAG